AGUUCGUCGCCGAGGGUGGUGAAGGUGACUGCUCUUGGAGCUGCGCACACACACACACACACACACACUCACAGAGUCGCCAUGCUGCGUGUUCUACUGGCCCUGGCGUGUCUCGGCGCCCUGCAGGCGGCAGCCGUGCCCGACACCACUGGAUAUAGCGUCAUCUCUUUGCCGCUGAAAGACGUCCUUGUCAACGGCCAGCAGUCGUUUGUGGGUGUGAUCGGGAUAGGCACCCCCGAUCAGUCCAUGACCGUCACUGUGGACAUCAGUAGCCGGCUGACCUACGUGCCAUCGGUCAACUGCAGCGACCCGUUCUGCACGGGACACCGCCGCUACGACUCCGCCGCCUCCUCCACGUACGAGGCUGACGGCACUCCGUUCGAGCUGCCGUACGGACAGAACGCCAGCGGCGUGCUCUCCAAGGACUCCAUCAGCGUGGCUGGCGCCACCGUGCAUGGCCAGACGUUCGGCGAGGCCACAGCCGUCUGGAACAGCUACUCCGUGCAGGCGCCCAACGACGGCGUGCUGGGGCUGGGCUUCUCGCUGCAGCCGGACCGGGUUCCCUCCAUCCUGGACACGAUGAAGUCGCAGGACCUGAUCGGCCGGCGUCUGGUGGGCCUCUGGCUGGGCCGGGACGGAGCCGGAGGGGAGCUGUCUCUGGGCGGCCUCAACAGCGCCCGCUACAGCGGCGAGCUGGUGUGGGCGACCACCCUGCAGAACCCCGACGGCUGGGUGGUCAUGACGGAGAGCUUUGACGUCGGAGAGACGAGCCUCUGCACCGGCAACUGUCUGGUCAACGCCAACAGCCUCAACCCCUACUUCUUCAUGUCGAUGGAGAUGGCCAAGACGGUCAACGAUGCGAUUGGAGGUAUAGACAUCGGCCAGCCGGGCGUGGUCGCACUCAACUGCACCUCCGUCAGCACGCUGCCCUCCUUGAAGAUGACGAUCGCUGGCCGUUCCCUGGAGAUGAGCCCCCUUGAGUAUGUGUUUGUCAUCCCUCUCGAGGGAGGUGCGGAGAUGUGUAUUUCCGGGUUCGUCGGGGUACCUCAAUUCAUCGACAACUACGUGAGUCUCGGAACAAUGUUCAUGCAGAAGUUUUACACGGCGUUCGAUGCGGAAAACUUGCGAAUGGGAUUUGCUGAUUCCACUUAGGUCGAGACCAUAAGCUCUCUCUAUAUACAUACCUAGUGUCCUUUUAAACUAAAUUCUCUUGAUCACUGACCGAAAACUUGAGCUUAGGUGUUUCAUUCUUCCUUAGCAUUUCCUUGUAUUCAUUACUUUUGGAUUGAUGUUGAUUCAUGAGUCAUGAUGACUUGUGUUAUUUGUUUUAAAGCAAUGUGAGAUUGUGUGAGAAAAAUUUUGAUUGUUCGAAGUGAUGAUGAAAUGAAGAUAGCAAGCAAAUGGGCUCUUUUGCCUUAUGUUUGACAAUAAAAAGUCGCACUAUCAAAAGAUUGAAUAGCGUAAUAUAAAAUGCAAAAUGCAUAACAAGUACAAUUUCUAGGCAAUGUGCCUUGCUGAACCCACAAGUGUAUGACCGAUUUGUUUCUCAGAUUUCCUGACAGCCAUGAGUGCCUGUCACAUAUGUAUGUAGAUAAUACCUAGUACCUACCCAUAAAUUGA